GCAGCGGCCGCCGCCGAGAUGUCCCGGCGAAAGCAGAGCAAACCCCGGCAGAUCAAACGGCCUCUAGAAGAUGCCAUUGAAGAGGAAGAGGAAGAGUGUCCAUCAGAGGAAACAGACAUCGUCUCAAAAGGGGACUUUCCAUUGGAGGAAAGCUUUUCUACAGAAUUUGGGCCUGAAAAUCUGAGCUGUGAAGAAGUGGAAUACUUUUGUAACAAAGGUGAUGAUGAAGGAGUCCAGGAGACGCCAGAAUCAGAUGGAGACACACAGUCAGAAAAGCCCGGCCAGCCUGGAUUUGAGACAGAUGAUUGGGAUGGUCCAGGAGAGCUGGAGGUAUUUCAGAAAGACGGAGAACGGAAAAUCCAGAGUCGGCAGCAACUUCCUGUGGGAACAACCUGGGGGCCAUUUGCUGGGAAGAUGGACCUGAAUAAUAAUUCCUUGAAGACAAAGGCUCAGGUCCCAAUGGUGCUGACGGCUGGUCCCAAGUGGCUACUGGAUGUGACUUGGCAAGGAGUGGAAGACAACCAAAACAACUGCAUUGUGUACAGCAAAGGGGGUCAGCUCUGGUGCACCACUACGAAGGCCAUCUCUGAGGGUGAAGAGCUAAUUGCCUUUGUGGUGGAUUUUGACUCAAGGCUACAAGCUGCCAGUCAGAUGACUCUUGCAGAAGGGAUGUACCCUGCGCGCCUGCUGGACUCGAUUCAGCUGCUUCCUCAGCAAGCUGCCAUGGCUUCUAUUUUGCCUACAGCUAUUGUCAAUAAGGAUAUAUUUCCCUGCAAGUCGUGUGGCAUCUGGUAUCGGAGUGAGCGGAAUCUGCAAGCCCAUUUGAUGUACUAUUGCAGUGGGAGGCAAAGAGAAGCUGCUCCAGUAUCAGAAGAGAAUGAAGACAGUGCUCCUCAGAUUUCCAGUCUGUGCCCCUUCCCGCAGUGCACCAAGAGCUUUUCAAAUGCCCGAGCACUAGAAAUGCACCUGAAUUCACACAGUGGAGUGAAAAUGGAAGAAUUCCUUCCCCCUGGUGCUAGUCUAAAAUGCACCGUCUGUAGCUACACGGCCGAUUCCGUGAUCGGCUUCCACCAACACCUGUUCUCGCAUCUCACUCAAGCUGCAUUCCGAUGCAACCACUGCCACUUCGGCUUCCCGACUCAGAGGGAGUUACUGCAGCACCAGGAGCUCCAUGUCCCUGGGGGCAAACUUCCCAGAGAAAGUGACAUGGAACACUCUCCAGGUGGGACCGAAGAUAGCCUACAGCCAGCUCCAGACUUGCUGACCAGGAGCGAACUCCCCCAGAGCCAAAAGGCCAUGCAGACUAAAGAUGCGAGCUCGGACACCGAGCUGGACAAGUGUGAGAAAAAGACGCAGCUCUUUCUCACUAACCAGAGACCAGAGGUACAGCCUACAACAAACAAACAAAGCUUUUCUUACACAAAAAUAAAGUCUGAGCCCUCGAGUCCAAGGCUUGCCUCAUCUCCGGUUCAGCCUAAUGUUGGGCCUUCUUUCCCCGUGGGCCCUUUCCUGUCUCAGUUUGCUUUCCCCCAAGACAUCACCAUGGUCCCUCAAGCUUCGGAGAUCUUAGCCAAGAUGUCUGAACUGGUCCAUCGGCGCCUGAGGCACGGAAGUAGUAGCUACCCUCCUGUAAUUUACAGCCCCUUGAUGCCCAAGGGGGCCACUUGUUUUGAGUGUAACAUAACCUUCAAUAAUUUGGAUAAUUACCUAGUGCACAAAAAACAUUAUUGCAGCAGCCGAUGGCAGCAGAUGGCCAAGUCCCCAGAGUUCCCUGGUGUUUCAGAGAAGAUGCCUGAGGCCGUGAGCCCCAACACUGGCCAAACCUCCAUAAACCUCCUCAACCCAGCCGCUCAUUCUGCUGAUCCUGAGAAUCCCCUUCUUCAAACGUCCUGCAUCAGUUCUUCCGCCGUUUUAGAUUUAAUUGGGCCAAAUGGGAAGGGCCACGACAAGGACUUUUCCACUCAAGCGAAGAAGGUCUCCCCCUCUAGUAGCACCGACGAUAAAAUUAACGGAAAACCUGUUGAUGUGAAAAAUCCCAGUGUCCCCCUGGUGGAUGGGGAAAGUGACCCAAAUAAGACUACCUGUGAAGCUUGCAACAUUACCUUCAGCCGGCAUGAAACCUACAUGGUCCACAAACAGUAUUAUUGUGCUACGCGCCACGACCCUCCACUAAAGAGGUCUGCUUCCAACAAAGUGCCUGCCAUGCAGAGAACCAUGCGCACACGCAAGCGAAGGAAGAUGUAUGAGAUGUGCCUACCUGAACAGGAGCAAAGACCUCCCCUGGUCCAACAGCGAUUUCUUGAUGUUGCCAACCUCAGCAAUCCUUGUACCUCCACUCAAGAACCCACGGAAGGGCUAGGAGAGUGCUACCACCCAAGAUGCGAUAUCUUUCCGGGAAUUGUCUCAAAGCACUUGGAAACUUCUCUGACGAUCAACAAAUGUGUCCCGGUGUCCAAAUGUGACACUACUCAUUCCAGCGUUUCCUGCCUUGAGAUGGACGUGCCCAUAGAUCUCAGCAAAAAGUGCUUAUCCCAGUCAGAGCGGACGACCACGUCUCCCAAAAGGCUGCUGGACUACCACGAGUGCACUGUGUGCAAGAUCAGCUUCAAUAAAGUCGAGAACUACCUGGCUCACAAGCAGAAUUUCUGCCCAGUCACAGCACAUCAGCGGAACGACCUGGGCCAACUCGACAGCAAAGUAUUUCCGAAUCCAGAAAGCGAACGAAACAGCCCCGAUGUCAGCUAUGAACGAAGCAUAAUAAAAUGUGAGAAAAACGGAAAUCUGAAGCAGCCUUCCCCUAACGGAAACUUAUUUUCCUCCCACUUAGCCACCCUGCAAGGCCUGAAAGUCUUUAGUGAAGCUGCUCAGCUCAUUGCCACAAAAGAAGAAAACAAACAUUUGUUUCUUCCCCAAUGCCUUUACCCUGGAGCAAUAAAGAAGGCAAAAGGAGCUGACCAGCUUUCUCCGUAUUAUGGAAUAAAGCCAAGUGAUUACAUUUCUGGGUCUCUUGUCGUCCAUAACGCUGACCUAGAGCAAAGCACAAACGCGGAAAACGAAUCUCCGAAAGGCCAGGCUUCCUCGAACGGCUGUGCUGUGCCGAAGAAAGAGUCUCUGCCACUGCUGCCCAAAAACAGAGGCAUGGUCAUAGUUAAUGGCGGACUGAAGCAAGAUGACAGACCCGCCGCCAACCCACAGCAGGAGAACAUUUCCCAGAAUCCUCAGCAUGAAGAUGGCCACAAAUCUCCCUCUUGGAUCUCUGAGAACCCGUUAGCCACGAACGAGAAUGUCUCACCGGGAAUCCCUUCCGCAGACGAACAGUUGUCUAGUAUAGCUAAAGGUGUGAAUGGCGCCACCCAGGCUCCAACCAGUGGGAAAUAUUGCCGGCUGUGUGAUAUUCAGUUCAACAACCUCUCAAACUUUAUAACUCACAAGAAGUUUUAUUGCUCAUCACAUGCGGCGGAACAUGUCAAAUGAGAUAACUUCAUAAAUAAACACCAGUCACCUUUGGUACCAGUGUUUAGUAUGUCGUUCUACCCAGUCC